AAGAAGAAGAAAACAUAGCUUUACUAGAUUUAUGGAACAUGCUAUGCCAAAGAAUACUAUAAUACCAUGCUUGAAAUCUGGGAACUUUAAAGAUAAGGGACAUCUCUGUGGCCACUGUUAUGAUAAGAUGGGGGAGGAUCUGCAUUUCAACAUCCCAAGAUUAGAGGUUGAUUUUGUUUACGAAAGUGAGAAGGCUCCUGAGGGAAAGUUUGUUGUGAAAAUAGACAAACCCAGGCCAGGCUGGUUUCCAAAGCGACUGAUGAACAAGGCAGGAUCUCGAUGGAUCAGCAGUGUUGAGUGA